AACCACUCAAUAUCAAAAUCCCAAAACACUUCUAAACAACACAAAACACACUUAUUUCACGACACAAAAACACUCCCGAUUCUAGAACUUGUAAUACAAUUCAGCCCACCUCUCCACAUGAAUAUCUAAAAAUAACCAUUUUUUUUUCCAGCUCCACUAAUAAAAAGGCCAUGGCUUUUCUUCUACCAAAUUUCUCUCCUUCUCUUCUUCUUCAAACCAGAGCAUCCAAAGAGAAGCCCUUUCUCCAAACAACAUCGACAACAAGACAUAACUUUUAUCCUCUAGCUCUCUCUUCUGUAACCAGUCUACAGAUUCCAACGCUUCAGGAUGCGCAGGUUAAGACCCCACCGCGGGAGCAGGACAACCACCACCAUGAAAAAGAUGAUUUUUAUGUCAAUUUAGGCCUUGCUGUGAGGACUCUACGGGAGGAUAUGCCUUUGUUGUUUACCAGAGACCUCAAUUAUGACAUUUACAGGGAGGAUAUAACAUUUGUGGACCCAUUGAAUACAUUUACUGGCAUUGAGAGAUACAAAUUGAUCUUUUGGGCAUUGAGAUUUCAUGGUAAAAUUCUGUUCCGUGAGAUUUCGCUUGAUGUAUUAAGGAUUUGGCAACCUUCAGAGAAUGUGAUAGUCAUAAGGUGGAAUUUGAGGGCUGUUCCCAGAGUUCCAUGGGAGGCUGAAGGCCAGUUUCAGGGUAAUUCAAGGUAUAAAUUGGAUCGAACUGGCAAAAUUUAUGAACACAAAGUCGAUAAUUUAGCAUUCAAUUUCCCACAACCACUUAAACCAGCAGCAUCAGUAUUGGAUUUGGUGUCUGCUUGCCCGGCCAGUCCUAAUCCAACGUUUUUAUGGGGUCCUGUGGACGUGUACUCAUCCUCAUGGGUGGAGUUUUACCAUGCAGUAAUGGAGACGUUAAAUCAAGAAGUGUAUUUAAAUGUACAAGACGGUUUGGUUACUUGUUCAUAGUUAUUAGCUCCACUUGAUACAUAAUGUAUACGAAUCAUAUAUAUAUCUAUACAUAUAUGUGUUAUUAGUGAAUUACUUACAUGAAUAAUGUAUUAGCUAUUGGUGAAUAAUGGAUUUUGUCGAAGGAUCAGGAUAAAUAUGUACAUAAGCAGGGAUACUACUGUAAGAAUUCAUGCUUAGAAAGGGUAAAAUUGGUUUAUCUUUCA